AUGCCGAUUUCACCGGGACUAACGGCACACUCGUGUGAGGGAGUUCCGAGUCAAUCGUUUCAGCAGGGCCGUGCAGUAAACUCGACAGCAGGCUUACGAAAUCUGGCACCGAGACAGCAAAGCGCUUCAAACGACGUGAGAAUGGUUGGCUCCGUAUCACAAGGUGCUUCGGCUCCUCGCCAACUGCAAAAUCAGCAGCAGGCUCAGAUGAGGAGUGCCCAGGGAACGCCUCAAAUGGUUCAAUUGCACCAGGUUCAACAAGUUCCCGUCACCGGACGUGUCAUUGCCAUGAAUUCGAUGCAGGCGCCGCAACAAUUGAUUCCCGUUCCGAUGCGCAUGGUUUCCAAUGGUGGAUCGAUGGGUGACGGCCAGCAAGCUGCAAAUUCUAUCCAACUCAUGCCGCAAUUCCUUCCAGCAAACGCUCGAAUCGGACAAAAUAUCAGGUUUAUGCCACAUCCUACGGAAGCAUCAAAUGCCCAGGGAAUGGUUACUCAACAAGCGAUGAAUGCGAUGCGAACGGGCAACACUGCUCUGAUGGUUGUUCAAGGACCUAAUGGACCGAUGGUUCUGAAUACAUCCACUAUGCACCCCGGAUAUAUCCCUCAGAAUCUUGUGCAAGUGCAAAUAGCCCAAGGGAUCCAGGGCAUGCAGACCAUGCAACAAGUUCAUCGUCAGCAGCAGCAGCAACAACAACAACAGCAACAACAACAAACACAGCAUGCU